AUGUCUUCCACCGAGAACACCGAUCCCAAGGUCGAGGAGCCCAAGGUCGAGGACCCGAAGGUCGAAGAGCCCAAGGUUGAGGAGGCCAAGCCGGCCGAGAAGACUGAGGCUUCCACCGAUGAGUCCAAGCCCGUGACCUCGUCCGCCGUCUUCUCGAUGUUCGGCGGCGGUGCCAAGAAGGAGAAGAAGGAAGAGGAGGAGCGAGGCGACGUGUCUGGCAGCGCCAAGGCGCAGCGCGAGGCGGCUGUUGCGGCCAAGGGCGAGGACGGCGAGGAGGCUCCCGAGAGCGAGGACGUGCACUUCGAGCCCGUCAUCAAGCUGACCGAGAAGGUCGAGACCAAGACCAACGAGGAGCUGGAGGAGCAGGAGUUCAAGAUGCGCGCCAAGCUGUUCAAGUUCGUCAAGGAGAGCAGCGAGUGGAAGGAGCGUGGAACCGGUGACGUCCGCCUCCUCAAGCACAAGGAGAACGGCAAGACGAGACUGGUCAUGCGCCGCGACAAGACCCUCAAGGUCUGCGCCAACCACUACAUCGUCCCCGAGAUGAAGCUGUCCCCCAACGUCGGCUCCGACCGAAGCUGGGUUUGGAACGCCGCCGCCGAUGUGAGCGAGGGCGAGCCCGAGGCCGUCACCCUAGCCAUCCGAUUCGCCAACUCUGAGAACGCCAACCUUUUCAAGGACGCGUUCCUCAAGGCCCAGAAGGAGAACGAGGCCAUCUUCAAGAAGGCGACCGAGGAGGCCGCUGCCGCUUAA